AUGGAACUUGGCCAUUCGUUUCCUUCGACCAUCGAGACCGCAAUUCGCUCAGCUGCUAUUCACAUCGCUAUCUUCUCAAAAGGAUAUGCAGAGUCCCCUUGGUGUUUGGCGGAGCUAGUUCUCAUGUUACACAGCCCAGCUAAGAUUAUUCCUGUGUUUUAUGAGGUGGAACCCUGGGCACUGCGCCAUGUAGAAAAGCGAGUCUACGCUGAUGCAUUCAUUCAAUACCAAAAUAAAUCCAGGUACCUAGACAAGCUUAAGCAGUGGAAGGAAGCCCUCCAAUCUAUUUCAUUCACCAGAGGUUACGAAAUAAAUAAUUCCAAUAUCGGUGACCAUAAAAGCAUACUAUCAGCAGUCCAAAGGGAAGUACAGAGGAUAAAGCCUUUGCAUGUUGCAAAAUAUCCAGUAGCACUUGACAAGCUUGUACAAGAUUUUGAAAGGAGAUGCCUUCAUAAUCUUGUUCAAGAUUUUGAAAUCUACUGUGGAAUGAAUAAGGAAGAGGAAGGGAAGGUUAAGAUUGUUGGCAUCUUCGGAAUGGGCGGAGUAGGUAAAACAACUCUUUCGCAAGAGUUGUUCAACAGUAAGCGUCAACAAUAUUCUCGAGCUUGUUUUCUAUUUGAUGUCCGGGAAGCCUCGGUUAGAUGUAAUUUACCUUCAUUACAAAUGAAACUCCUUAAAGAUCUCUUCGGUGAAAAAGAUUUGAGUUUUCAUAGUACAAAGGAAGGAUCAAGCCGUAUUUGUAAUUGUAUAGAAAGAAGCACUUCUUGUAAUUUCCUACUUGUUCUAGACGAUAUUGAUCACCUAGAACAGUUAGAUGCUCUAUCAAUUAAGCUUAUGCUAGAAAAGCCCGGCAAUAGUCUACUUAUAAUUACAACACGAAAUGUAGGGGUCCUUAUAGCCGAGGGAAUUGAUGUAGGCUAUCAUUUAAAAGGAAUGGAUAAAGAUGAUGCCAGACAACUUUUUAGUUGGCAUGCUUUUUCUCAACCUCAUCCUGCCAGUGGAUAUGAAGAUCUUGUUGACGACUUCUUAGGCGUGUGUGGAGGCUUACCCCUUUCUCUUCAAGUUCUGGGAAGACAUGUUCAUGGUCGAGAUGAAAAUUAUUGGAGGUCAGAGCUUCAAAAACUGGGUGGGACAAUGCAUGGAGAUAUAAGAAAAAGCCUUAAAAUAAGCUUUGAUGCUUUGGACUCUCAGGAAAAACAAAUUUUCAUGGACAUGGCAUGCUUUUUUGUUGACCAGUUAAAGUGUAUAGCCAUAAGAGUGUGGAAGGCAUCGGGAUGGAGUGCUCAAAAUGGACUACAAGCACUAAAGGACAAGUGUCUCGUUGAAGAAAUAGAAGAUCCUGUACCUGUAUUGAGAGUGCAUGACCACCUGCGGGACUUGGGGAGAGAAAUGGCAAAUGAACUCAGCCAACCUCGUCGCUUGUGGCGUCCUCAGGAUCUUAAAAAAUUGCUAAGCGUGUUCCUCCAUAUUUCUCUGUGUGCACCAAAAUGCACUAUGUUCCGAACCAUAUUUCAGGUUAAAACGAAUUCCUUCUUUUUGAGAAUCAGCAAUGGAUAUUUCAAAAGACUGUGGCAGGAUGAUGCAGAGGCUAAAAGGAACAGUAUUCUUUUCACAGUCUUCAAUGGUAGAUUCUCGAUUACAUCUGCCACUGAAAGUUUUAAAGAAAUUUGUUUUGAGUUUCAGGCCCCCUCCGAAUUGAAAAACCUAGAGAUUUAUGGAACUUUUUUAGAAGAGUAUCCAAAUUUCUUAGGAGUAUUAACUCAUGUGGAAAAGAAAGUCCAACAGGAAGUCGAAAAGGAAGUCGUAAAGGAAGUGAACGAGGGUCACGACUUGUCAAAAUUGAAGUCACUGAUUGUGAAGACAUGUACAAGAUUUUCAAGAUCCGUCCUUACGACUUCUGCCAGAGAGUCUCCAUCUUUUAAGGUUCCAUUGAACGAUGGCACAGAGUCUACCACGGUUAAGGUCCCAUUGAGUAUGGUUGAAGAUCUAGUAAUUAAAGAGCAAGAAAACAUAAGAAGAAUUGGAGUUGACGGAAGUUAUUGUCCUAGCCUUCAAUCCUUGGAACUCUCUUCUGUGAGAAAUCUUAUUGAAAUGCAAUUAACAAGAGUUGAAACGUUGAAUUGUCUUAAUGUUAGCGAGUGUGAGCAUCUGAAAAUCUUGUCAGUGACAUCUGAUCUUACGGAGCUUAAAGAUUUGACCAUUAGUGAAUGCCCUAUGCUUGAGGAGACAAAUCUGGGCCAUCUGAGCUGCCUGCAAAAGAUAAUAAUCGAAAAUUGCAAUAUUAAUGUGUCAGGAAUAUUCAAUUUUAAGAUGCUAGUAGAAUUGAAUAUUACGAGAUGUCCAAGGCUUCAUGAGUUAUGUCUUGCACAUCUGAGUUGCCUAGAAAAAAUUAUAGUUAACAAAUGUGAUCAUUUGAGAAGUGUGACAGGACUAUGUAGUCUUCUAAAGCUUAUAGAAGUUAACAUUUCUCGGUGUGGAAUGCUACAACUUGAUUUAUGUCUAGAAGGGUUGAACAGUCUAGAGAGGAUAAAAGCUGAUAGAUCUGUCAAGGUCAAAUGUUUUGAGCUGAUCAGUUGUAAGAAUUUUGAAACAGUGUCAGGAAUAUCAUUCGAAAUGAUUCGAGUGGUGAACAUGUAG